CGCUCGCUGUAGGUGCAUUACACUAUUUUAAAACUUUUAACAUAAAUCUCGAACUUUUUUUAUCUAUUCAACCCUCAACUCUGAACUCAUCCCGAUGAUCUAGUAUUUAAAAUUUAAUGAUGACUACGGGGAAAUUAUAGUGAGUCACAAUAGAGCAAGUGUUACCAUACCGCCGCCUUCGCCGAAUUAUAAUAACCGUAACACGGUGCGCAAUUACCUAUUUACCUAAUUCUGUCAUAAUUUUAUAUGAUAGCAAAAAACGGAUUAUCGACGAUAGUUGACAGGUCACAGCAGGGGGAGGAGUGAACGUCGCGCCGUCGCUGUGUCGGUACCACAGCAUCCGACGAGGGGGCGGCUACGAUGACUACGACGUCGAUCGUGUAAACCAGAGCACGACUGCGGCUCUCGUACAUCGCGUUACCGAUUGCAGAGCUCAGCGUGACACGUGUUGUGCCGUGUUCAAGUAGUAAAUCGUCGUCUAAAUAUAAUAUAAUAUAUUAUUACCUCUAUAUUGACAAUUACGUGGGGACCGUCCGAUAGCCCGCAAACGUGGACGAGUGUGUUGGAACAGUAAAUGUUGCACUGUGAUAUAAGUAUUUAACUAUAUACCUACAUAACGUACAGAUUGUGUCGCCGCACGUCCAGGAGUCCGAGAUUGUAUAGUUAAGGCAUUGUAUCCUCACAAUACAACGUAAUCGUAAAAAACAACUUCAAUUGCGCAAAAUCAAUUUUUGAGUGGGUAGUAAAGCCAACAUAUUUUCAAAAAGUUCAAACAUCUGAUUAAACUAAAAAUACUAGGAAGUCAAAAGGUAGAUAGAAUUGCGUCAUCGUGGUAUGGAUCACACUGGAUACGAAUGGUCUCUGAAUCACAGUUAAAGCAAAACAACGACCUGGGAAUUUCGUUACAUCAUAAUUAAGUGAAUAUUAUCGUGUGAAGUAAACAAACAAAAAAAAAGUCGAAAAUGACCGCUGCUACUAUUUACGCUGCUUUUGUGUUGCAACAACACGAACUGGAAUCCAACGGCGUCUUGACCCAUCAGAUUAUGAAAUUCACGGAAUCCGAAGACCCCGCUCACGCCCCGUACGCAAAAUUGGAGAACGUGUCCAUGGACACGCUUGCCGAGGCGAUACAAAACCGAAUAAGCGACAGUGUGUACAAGUUUUUGAACCGGCGGUCGGGCGACCGCGACCGCGACGGCGUCAUGUUGUACGCGAUUCCCACCGUGGAAAUCGACGACGAAGAUCUCGACCAGUUCAACUUCGUGUCCAGCCACGAGGGGACGAAGAGGGUUUUGUUCGAGGUGUUGGAUGAACUGGGCUGCGAGUACACCCUCCUGUCACCGGACAUGGACAUCGCCCUCGUCGAUUCGAUGGCCACCUGGACGCUCACCGUGUCCGAGAGCAACGAGUACCACGAGUUGAGACUGACGCCGGGCCAUCGGUGCGCCGAUGACUUGACACUGCAAACGAGCACGGCCGAGUUGCAGAUCAACAACGUCCGUCUGUCGGAGAUAUUGUACUUGGCUGAGUACACGAAUACGAUAAGUCCAAACUUGGUGCGUCAUAGUGACGUACCGUUGUAUCUGGGCUCCAAACGUAUUUGCGAGAGAUUUAAAUUCCCCAAGACCACUAAGACGUCUGCUCAAAUUUUACGGGAAAUACAGCGCAAUAUCGACAGAACGCACAUACCUCUUACUGAAUUGUGGAACAUAGUCAUGGGCGGUGUCAAGUUUUUGAUAUAAUAUUUUUCGUUAUAUAAAAUCACGCAUUCAGCUACCAGUUUCUGAGGAUGAAAAAUCAAAUCAAAUUGAUUAAAUUGUUUUUUUUUUUGUUUGUGUUGCAACUCUUAUAAUACGUCCCAUACACACAUAUAUAAUAAUAAUUUAAAAUAAAACAAUUACCAAUAUGCUUACGAAUAAGUGAAAUUAAUUUAUAUUAAAUCAGAAUAAUCAUUAAUCAAUACUAGUAGUGAAAUAAUCAAAAAAAUAAGUAUUGAGUCCGAAUUUUGUAGCUUUACAAAAAUCUAAAAAAAGAACCAAUACAAGUGAUUUCAUAUAUUUGUAUUAAAGUAUAAUAAGACUCAAUAUUAGUUGUCUACUAUGUUUAAAUUACAAAUUUUAAUAGGUACCUAAUUAAAAUAAAAUAAAACCGAUUUAAUAAAAAUGUAUAAUACGGAGAGGUACUUUUAAUUUAUUAUCCGGAUUAUAUCGAUACAAUGAAAAUAAAACUGUUCCUACCCACUAUAAAUUGAUCACGCAGACUCAAUAGUACAAAAAUAAAUAUUAACAAACUAUAACUAAUAAAAUAUGUAGGUUUUUCAAUCAAAUGUCAAGAUAUAGAUCGGAAAAUAGUACAAAAAUCCACAGCUUAAAAGCUAAAAUAACACAAAAAAAACGUAGAAAAUACCCAGCUAAAAAUCAAAACAAAAUGUCAUGUAUUCGUCAUACAUAUAGACAUAUCACAGUACAAGUUGAUUUUUUCGACACUUAGAUCUUGAAAUAUGAACAAAAUGAACAAAACUGCUAAUGCUCAUAUUGUAUACAAUUCGAACAAUAAAAUUAUAAAAGUAUACACUUUUUAACAAAUAUCUUCCUUUCUCAUUUAAGUUUAUGUGGUAUUUUUUCAUAUUUUAAAAAUCUGAAUACAAUGUCAAUUAUUCUUAAUAAUUAAUGUACUUACCUUCAAUUUAUCUUUGCACAAUUUAUAAUGCUAUGGCACAUUUAUUAAAUUUUAAGUCCUAUAAUAGGUACCACCGCGUAAGUAGGUAGGUACCUAUACACUUUGAUGUGAAUUAAAAAGAUAA